AUGAAUCCACAGAACUUCACUUGGGCCAGGGUUGCCCCUGCUGAAUUUGUCCUCCUGGGCAUCACAAACCGCUGGGACCUGCGUGUGACACUCUUCUUGAUCUUCCUUCCAGUCUACCUGGUGAGCCUGCUGGGAAACAUGGGCAUGGUGCUGCUGAUCUGUGUGGAUGCCAGACUCCACACGCCCAUGUACUUCUUCCUAGCCAGCCUCUCCCUGCUGGAUGCCUGCUAUUCCUCGGACAUCAGUCCCAAGAUGCUGGUGGACUUGCUGCAGCCCCAUGCCACCAUCUCUUACACUGCCUGUGCCCUCCAGAUGUUUGUCUUUGCAGGACUGGCUGAUGCCGAGUGUUGCCUGUUGGCAGCCAUGGCCUAUGACCGCUAUGUGGCCAUUGGAAACCCCCUUCUCUAUACAACAGUCAUGUCGAGGGGUCUAUGUCUGGCCCUGCUGGGAGCAUCAGGCCUAGGAGGGGUAGUGAGUGCCUUUGUCCACACAACUUUCACCUUCCGCCUGAGUUUCUGCCGCUCUUGGGAAGUCAACAGCUUCUUCUGUGAUAUCCCACCACUGCUGGCCAUCUCAUGCAAUGACACCAGUCUCAACGAGCUCCUCCUCUUUGCAGUCUGUGGCUUCAUCCAGACAGCAACAGUGUCAGCUAUUGCUGUGUCUUAUGGUUUCAUCGCUGGAACUGUGAUCCGCAUGCGCUCUGCUGAGGGCCGUCGGCGGGCAGCCUCUACCUGUGGUUCCCACCUCACAGCUGUAACCAUGCUAUAUGGGACACUCAUCUUCAUGUACCUGCGUCCCAGCUCCAGCUAUGCCCUGGACACCGACAAGAUGGCAUCUGUAUUCUAUACCCUGGUCAUUCCGGCUCUCAACCCACUCAUCUACAGCCUCCGAAACCAGGAGGUCAAGGAUGCACUCCAGCGGACGUGGAGAUGA